AUGAUGGCCACUCCCACAAAGAGCACUUCUUCUAUGGUUCUGUCUAUGCCUCUACCCUCUACUAUGGCACCACCCGGGUACCCAGAUUUGUAUGGGAAGAGACGUGAAAUGGCCAGGGUUCAGAUGCUGGAAAGAGAGAUAAGUUUUCUUGAGGAAGAGUUAAAAUCUUCUGAUGGCCUUCAACGAGCUUCAAGAUGCUGCAAGGAGAUUGCCGAUUAUGUGAUGGCAAACCCAGAUCCUCUAUUACCAACGAGCAAGAAGAACCGCAGGUCCUGUGGCUUCUGGAAGUGGCUGUGUGGGAUUCCCUGCUUUAACUUGUCAUGGAUCUGCUGUUGGUGCUGUGAUGGAUGCUUUUCACAUAUAAAUUUGUCAAGUUGUUGUUCCCACUGCAAAUCAUGCAAUUGGUGUUGUAGUUGCCUUCCAUCCAUCAAUUGCUCCUUGCCAAAGGGGCAUUCCUGCUAUGGUGGAAGAUCACAUUGCUGUAGAGAGAGCUGUUGUUGCACAAAAUGUUGUAUUCUCCCAAGUUGCAAUUUUCGGUGGCCAUUUCCCUCUUGUUGCAUCUGCAAAUGCUCUUGUUCAUGCUCUUGCCCAAACUUUCCUAAGGUUAGCCCUUGUUGUUGUACAAAUUCCUGUUGGAACCCUUGUUGUUCAUGUUGUUAG